AUGAAAAGAAAGUAUGCCGAUACAACAAGAGUGAAACGGCAACAACUUCAAGUCCUUCGCAAAGAAUUUGAAGUUCUACACAUGAAAGAAGGGGAGUCAGUAGAUGAGUACUUCACUAGAACAUUGACCGUUGUUAACAAGAUGCGUAUUUAUGGUGGUAAAUUGGAUGAUGUCGAUGUUAUCGAAAAGAUUUUACGGUGUAUGUCUUCCAAAUUUGCAUAUGUAGUUUGCACUAUUGAGGAGUCAAAAGAUAUUGAUACAAUGUCAAUUGAUGAACUACAGAUCUCAUUAUUAAUACAUGAGCAGAGAAUGACACCUCCUCCUGGAGAAGAACAAGCUUUGAAAGUAUCAACUCAAUUUGAUUCUUUAAAUGGGAAUAUUUUUAGCAGAGGUCAUGAUCGAGGUCGUGGCUGA